UUACAGUGUUAUUUUAUAUAUCAGGAAAAUAGUGAUCUGACAAGACAAUAAAUUUCUAAAUUUUAUUUUUAGAAAUUUUAUUUGGAAAUCGAUACAAGGGUGUCGUUAAAAAUAGUUAUGAAUAAAUUUUCUAAAUUUGUCGGUACAAAAAUUUGCUUCAACGAUUACAAAAAAAUAUCAUUUGCCAUUGCUCGAACGAUAAUGAUUCGUCACUUCAAUUUUAAUGAAAUUCAAAUCUGGGUUUUUCUAUUAAUUAUUCAAAUUAAUAUAUCAUCAAUAACAUCAAAACUAGUUGCAAUUAAGAAAGGUGAUCCAAAAGAAUGGCGUGAAUAUGGAGCGGAAGCCAAUUUUGCUAAAUUCAAUAGCUUGUAUGCAAUAACUAUCGAUGAAGAACAGUUGCGCAUUGAUAAAUAUUGUUCCGGCAAAUGUGAUUCAAUUGAUUCAAUAGGUAUGAAGAGUGCACAAAAUUUAUUUUACCCGAAUCAAUGUUCAGGAUCACUUCGUUUUUGCUGGCUAGAAAAAGUAACUGAAAAGCGAAAGAAAGCAAAUAAAGAUUACAAGAUCUCGAUGGAAACAUUAUAUUUCGACUCGAUUUGGAUUCCAAUAAACUUUAAGUUCGAAAGAACUCUGGAGCUACUUAAAAUAUUACACCACACUGGUAAUAUUUGCAAGUGUUUAUGUGAACGAGAUGAUCAUUCAAAUACCAAAAACGAGCGUGGUGAAUUACUUGAUUCAAUUUGCUUUGAUCCAGUUUCAGUUGAUGAUGGAUAUGUUGCAACUGGCGCUAGAUUUAAAAGACAAGGUAACGUAAUAUACCUUCAACUUCAACAAGGAAUAUUAUCACAAGGAAAAAUUGAUCCAAUAACUCUUAAGUGGACGACUUCAAAUAAUUGUAACUUAAAAAAAAAAGUCGUUGAUAAUUUCCAAAACAAUGGUUAUUACGAUACUUUAGAAAUCAUACUAGACGAUCUUACUUUAUUAGAAAAUGCAGUUGUCACAGGUGUUACGUUAGGUGAUUCAUUGCGCGGAAAAUACAUCGAUGACAAUGGUAAUAUUAAUGAAAAUGAAUCUGAAGUUUCAAAGAAAAGCCAAUGCCAUGAAAGUGCCACCGACUUCAUACAUAGUGGUUCAGAUGUUCUGCCGUCCACAUCUUUAGUAGGAAAUAAUUACGAACGCAGUGAACCAUGCAAAUAUAAGAUAAAUUUUGAUGGAACUAGAGAGAAUUCUGAUAAUAUACAACAUGUUGUUCCAUAUGUUGACUUACAGGAGAUUGUCACCGAUCAAAAUUUACCUAAGCCUAUUCAGGGAAUCGGUUGGUAUUAUCGCGGUUAUCCUGGUUAUGGAGGAUUUCUGGCUCUUAAAAUUUUCACAAAAGAAUAAUAAUUUUCUAUUAAUAUGUAUUUCAAUGGUAACGAUGUUCAUCUAAUCAAUAUUGUUUGAUGUACAAAAUAUUUCAUUAUUUGCAAAGUAAAAGUUGGUACUUUUCCCAAUCAACUGAAAAUUAUAAUAAAAAUUUUUCAAAUCACA